GGAAAAGAGCUGCAGCAUUACUGGUAUAAGCAACAGGGAAGAAGAGGUACUAUGGAUGUACCGUCUCACUGGAUAUAUGAGAGUUGAGGAAUGUUCCAAUUAUUCUUUCUUCCUGCAAAAGACUUUCCUUUAGCCUCCUCACACCCUACUCUGAACAGACAGAUGGCAGCAAAAUUGUCCAGGGACACUUCAUCAGCAUAUGACAACAAAUACCUCAUAGUUCCUCAAAACCGACCUUCCUUGCACACUAGCAGAAUCAAUGGAGCUUUUGAACCAUCUGGCUGUAUGGAGUCCUACAGCAGCAGUUCUAUUAUAAACAACUACCUGGAUGGGACUCAAGGAGGGGCCACAGACAGGACAUCUCCCAGUGGCAUGCAUUUCAGGGACAGCAAGAGAAAAGUGGACUAUGUUCUAGCCUACCACUAUCGAAAACGCAUUCCUCAGCACCUGCCCAGCUCUGUCUCACUGGAGCCCACACACAGAUCGGCCUCCUUGGCUGUAGUUUCAAAUGGAGAGACUGGGAAAAGCUGCCUUGAACAGCAGCAGCAGAGCUGUGGGCAGCAUGUGCCGCCAGAGCAGCCGGGGCUGUUAGGGGCUCAGAUGGUGGAGCUCAGCCCACUGGAUGCCUUGGAGGAAGAAAAACAAGUUCAGAGGGAGGAAUACGAACACAAUCUGGUGGAAGCUGGGCUGGAGAUAGAAAAAGAUGUUGAGAAUAAGAGCCAAGGAUUGAGCUUUGUGCGCAUACAUGCACCUUGGCAUGUACUUAGUCGAGAAGCAGAACUCCUUAAAAUAAAAAUGCCCACUAAAAAGAUGUAUGAAGUCAAAGAAGAAGGAGGAAUACUCAAGAAGCUAAAUGAAAUAUGGUGUAAAUUGACUGAACCUCUGCAACCCCAGGUGCCACAAAAGGACAAUACCAAGAUGAAAAGCCUGUCCUAUCCAUUUUCCAGAGAGAAAAUAUAUUUGUAUAACAUUAAAGACAAAGACACUUUUUUUGACAAUGCUACCCGCAGCCGAAUAGUACGUGAAAUUUUAAAACGCACACCUACAAAGGCCAGAAACAGCAUGGGUAUUAGCUCAUUAAUAGCAAACAAUGUUUAUGAUGCAGCAUACCCACUUCAUGAUGGUGAAUAUGAAGGCCAAAAUGAUGACAUGAAUGAAAGAAAGUUGCUGUAUCGAGAAUGGGCAAGAUAUGGAGUAUUUUACAAGUUUCAGCCUAUUGGCCUCAUAAGAAAGUAUUUCGGAGAAAAAAUAGGACUUUAUUUUGCAUGGCUGGGUUUAUAUACAGAAUUCCUCAUUCCAUCUUCAGUAGUUGGGGUUAUUGUAUUUCUUUAUGGUUGUAUAACCAUUGAGAGUGACAUUCCUAGCAAAGAAAUGUGUGACCAACAUAAUGCCUUCACCAUGUGCCCUCUGUGUGACAAGCUUUGUGACUACUGGAACCUCAGCUCUGCGUGUGCUACAGCUCGGGCCAGCCACUUAUUUGACAACCCUGCGACUGUCUUCUUCUCCAUCUUUAUGGCUCUCUGGGCUACCAUGUUCCUUGAACAAUGGAAGCGUUUGCAAAUGAGAUUGAAUUACUUCUGGGAUCUAACUGGCUUGGAGGAAGAAGAAGAGCAUCCCAGACCUGAGUAUGAAACCAAACUACUACAGAAAAAACUCAAAAUUAAAAACACAACAACAGAAAACACAAAUGAAGAUGAAAAAGAGAAGCUGACAUGGAGAGACCGUAUGCCUGGAUAUCUAGCAAACUUUUCACUGAUUUUAUUUAUGAUUAUGCUGACAUUUUCAGCAGUGUUUGGUGUGAUCGUGUACCGAAUUACUACAGCAGCAGCUUUGUCAUUCAGCACAAAUGAGACAACCAGGUCAAAUGUUCGAGUGACUGUGACUGCAACUGCUGUCAUCAUUAACCUGGUUGUGAUACUUAUCCUUGAUGAAAUUUAUGGAGCUGUUGCCAAAUGGCUGACAGAAAUUGAGGUACCAAAAACAGAGAAAACCUUUGAGGAGAGACUGAUUUUGAAGGCAUUCUUACUAAAGUUUGUGAAUUCUUAUGCACCAAUUUUUUAUGUCGCCUUUUUUAAAGGAAGAUUUGUUGGCCGCCCUGGUCAUUAUGUAUAUGUGUUUGAUGGUUAUCGAAUGGAAGAGUGUGCACCAGGAGGCUGUUUGAUGGAACUCUGCAUUCAGCUGAGCAUCAUUAUGCUUGGAAAACAACUGAUUCAAAACAAUCUCUUUGAAAUUGGAAUCCCGAAGUUAAAGAAGCUCUUCAGGAAGCUGAAGGAUGAAAGAACUGAGCCAAAGGAAAUCAACACCAACCAGUCGAAGGACCCUCAGCAAUGGUAUCUUGACUACAGCUUGGAACCUUUCACUGGGCUGACUCCAGAAUACAUGGAAAUGAUUAUCCAGUUUGGCUUUGUCACACUCUUCGUUGCCUCCUUCCCGCUGGCACCGCUCUUUGCUCUUCUGAACAAUAUCAUAGAAGUUCGGCUUGAUGCAAAGAAGUUUGUUACUGAGCUCAGGAGGCCAGACACAGUAAGAGCAAAAGAUAUAGGAAUUUGGUAUAACAUUUUGAGUGGUAUUGGAAAGCUUUCAGUUAUCAUUAAUGCUUUUGUAAUUUCUGUCACAUCUGAUUUCAUUCCACGCCUUAUGUAUCAAUACGCAUACAGUCAAAAUGGAACCAUGCAUGGCUUCAUCAAUCACACGCUCUCAUACUUCAAUGUCAGUCAUCUCAAGCCUGGAACACAGCCAGAAAACUCCCCGUUUGCACGGGAUGUUUUAUUCUGCAGGUUUAAAGAUUACAGAGAACCACCUUGGUCCCCAAACCCGUAUGAGUUUUCUAAACAAUACUGGGCGGUCUUAUCUGCUCGCUUGGCUUUUGUUAUUCUGUUUCAGAAUUUGGUGAUGUUUCUCAGCGUUCUGGUUGACUGGAUGAUUCCUGACAUCCCCAAGGACAUCAGUGAACAAAUCAAAAAGGAGAAAAGUGUGCUUGUUGACUUCUUCCUGAAGGAAGAGCAUGAAAAGCUGAAGCUGAUUGAAAGCUUUAUCACACAUGACAAGCACAGACACCAAAGUGGGACCAAAGGCCAAAGGAUCCGAGCUGCCAGCUUCUGCCAGUUUAGUCGAAGUCAGAGAGGCAGCCUUGCCUCCUUUAGCUCACAGCACACAGAAGUGUGACUCCUUAGGGAAAGUUAAUAUACUAUGCUUAUGUCUGUAAUACCUGUUUACUGAGUGAUGUGAUUCUGAAACUGGAGCAAGGACAGUCAAGGAACAGACAGGGAGCAAAAAGGAGAGGGUCUUUUGCUUCCUUAGGAACUCCAUAUGCAAGUUUCUCCGUAACAUUUGAUAUGCUGUCUGGGAUGCAGCCUUCUCAAAGUUUGUCAUUGCAAGCUAUCCUGUGGCUGUGACUGGUCCUUGUGGUGAUGCAUAUGAGUUGGGUAGUCACAUAGGUAUUCUCCUCACUCUUGCAGUCUAAGUGGUAGGGCCAGCCACGAUCCCUAUCCCUGCAGACACCCUGUGGUAAAUUAAGAAGAGAAGGCACACUACUGCCCCAACAUCCAUCUUUUGGCAGAUCUGACUAACUUUAAGGAAGCAUGCCCAAAGCAUGAUCUCACGGCUCGUAGCUGCAGUCUUAUAGCUUUUAAACCUGUGGGAUCUCAAGGAGUCCUUGUGCCUUCCUUAUGUAUGCUGUCAUUUGGUGCUGUUGCUGUAGAGAGCACAAGGCUGUCGUUGAGGGCACAGAACUGUGGGAGCAGGAGGAAUUGAAAACCACUGAGCACUUUCAUCUAUAGAUAUAUAUUGUCUUUUGCUUAGCCAGGAGCCUGAAUGCAUGUGCUAAUGAGCAGAGAGGCCACAAAAUAUACAUCAGAAUGAAAUAAAGACAAUAGAACUAGCAAAGCUCAUUAGUCAUUGUCCUGAACAACAACAACAAAACCCUGCGUUUGAUUCUCCUCUCACUUAGACUGGGAGUUUAGCCAGUGUCAAGAAGAAUCACUCUACUAAACCAACACCAGUGCAAAACUGAUAAGUGAGAAUGGAAUCAAGCCCUGUAAAUCUUAUGACAACAUCUUCAAGUAUAUUGCAUAUAAAAUAAUAAAAGUGCUGUUUUGCAUUUACUGUAAAAUAUUUUGCAGAACUAUAUUUCAUUGAAAGAGAUUCACUACUUAUGCUUUUAUCUAUAUGCAUCUGAUGAAUAACUUUAUUCAGUUACAAAUGCAAUAAAACUUUAUUUAAAAAUCUGUUUCUUUUACUAGAGAUUCUGACUCUAACCCAAUUUGAAAUUCAGAGUUCAAGUAAAAGAAUGUCUUUUUAUUUUAUCAGUUCUUAACAAUGCUUUCAAAACCAUCAAAAACAUACCAAAAAAAGUGCUUCAGUUACAGGUGUUUUAUAUAACAUUAUUGUUCUUUAAAAUCAUUAUAUUAUUUUAUAUAGUCCUGAAACUUAAGAAUUUCAUUGUUCUUUUAGAUGGAAAGUUAUUUUUUGAAUACAACCCAUGGUAAUUUAAUGAGAAGUGUGAAUAUAAUUGUCUUUUUUAUUUAAUGCCUAAACUAAGGAAAAUGAAGAUGGGAGAACUGUCUCAGGAUGGAUUGAAAUGAAUAGUUAGAGAUUCAUUUUUAAAUUUUCA